GAGGCUCUGAGCUCAUCCAAAUGCCCGAAAACCUAGCACUCUAAUUUUAGAACCCCAAAACCAAAAACCAACCACGCAUAUACACAAAACACAACGCACACACUCAAAUGGAUAAUCAACCAAAACACUCCUCUAUUGGAUCCAAUCUUGCCUUUCUCUCCUUACUCUUGGCUAGCGUUGUUUAUCUUUGUAUACGGUCUUCUUCAUCCUCCCUCAUAAACCCUCCCUUUAGCUUUCAGAAACAUGACGCCCAAUGCCUGUCAAAGAACUCAAGCACCACUACCACCACUACAUCUAAUGUGGCGCCAGAGGAGCUUUUGGCCACCCUAGACAAGGCCUCGAUUGGCAACAAGACUGUGAUCAUUGCUGUUAUAAACAAGGCCUACGCAGUCCAAGAGGUCAAGGCAGACACCACCAUGCUUGACCUUUUCAUCGAGAGCUUUUGGCAAGGGGAGGACACUAGGCAUCUGCUUGAUCAUCUUGUGCUCGUGGCUGUUGAUCAGACGGCCUACGAUCGCUGCCAGUUUCUGAGGCUCAACUGCUACCGGCUGGAAACGGACGGUGUUGAUUUUGGGGGAGAGAAGCUUUACAUGUCUCAAGAUUUCAUCAAGAUGAUGUGGACAAGAACUUGGUUUCUGUUGGAGGUUCUAAAGCGCGGUUACAGCUUCAUAUUCACGGUAAACUUCUAG